GUCUCUGCAGAGUCCUAGACUCCAUAAAAGCCGAUCUGUUUCUGGUAGCUCACAAAGGAAAUAUUUACACAGCUGGGGAUAGGUUUCAGAGAGUCAGCUAUCCCCUUGUCAGUCCAUGACAAGAAGUAACUCAAAAUUACAGAAUCAAGAUAGCAGAUCUGGCGCAAAACAACUACUUUUUGAUUAAAUACUGCAUUUUUGGACUCGGGAACGAUGGAGACACCGCUACCCAAAGUGACUCAGAAAAGGCAAGUGACCGCCAUUAUUAUUCUAUUAUUAUUGCGGGAGGCGGGCGGUCAGAUCAUUAAGUAUUCAGUUCUAGAAGAGAGGGACAGCGGUUCAUUUGUAGCCAACCUAGCAAAAGAUCUGGGGUUGGGCUUAGGGGAGCUGGUUUCUCGGGGCGCCCGGAUUCUUUUCAAAGGGAAUAAACAGCAUUUGCAGAUCGAGCAGAAGAGUGGGAAUUUGAUACUAAAAGAAAAACUGGACCGAGAAGAUUUGUGCGGUGACACGGAUCCAUGUAUACUGCAUUUCCAGGUGUUACUGAAAAACCCGGUGCAGUUUAUUCAAUGUGAAUUACAGAUUCAAGAUGUAAAUGACCAUGCCCCAGAAUUCUUGGAAAAUGAAAUCCUCCUGAAAAUAUCAGAAAGCAGCCAUCCAGGGUCUGCAUAUCCUUUGAAAAUAGCUCAAGAUUUAGACGUUGGUAGUAAUACAGUACAGAACUACACAAUUAGCUCCAACUUCCAUUUCCACCUUUUUACUCGAAAUCACAGCGAUGGCAGAAAAUACCCGGAGCUGGUGCUGGACCAAGAGCUGGACCGUGAGGAGCAGCCUGAGCUCAGGUUAACCCUCACAGCGAUGGAUGGUGGGUCACCGCCCAAGACUGGGACUUCCCAGGUCCUCAUCAUAGUCCUGGACAUAAAUGACAACGCCCCGGAAUUUGCUCAGCAGCUCUACCAGGUGCAGGUCCCAGAAAACAGCCCUAUAGGCUCCCUUGUCAUCACUGUUUCUGCUAGAGAUUUGGAUGCUGGGAUCCAUGGCGAGCUCUCCUACUCAUUUUUCCAAUCCUCAAAUCAAGUCAUUCAGGCCUUCGAAGUAAACACAGUCACAGGGGAUAUUCGACUAAAAAAAAAGUUGGAUUUUGAGGAAAUUAGAUCUUACCAUAUAGAAAUUGAGGCCUCAGAUGGCGGCGGUCUUUCAGGAAAAUGCACUGUAGCCGUAGAAGUAAUGGAUGUAAACGACAACGCCCCUGAAUUGACCAUAUCGCUACUCAUUAAUGAUAUCCCAGAAAACACCCCUGACACUGUGGUCGCUGUUUUUGGAAUUUCAGAUUCAGAUACUGGUAACAAUGGAAAAAUGAUGUGUUCCAUCCAAGACCAUCUCCCUUUCCUACUGAAGCUCACGAUAGAAAAUUUUUACACUUUGAUAACAGAAGGCGCACUGGACAGAGAAGAAAAAGCCGAGUACAACAUCACUAUCACGGUCACUGACAUGGGAACCCCCAGACUGAAAACCGAGCACAACAUAACCGUGCUGGUGGCCGACGUCAACGACAACGCCCCCGCCUUCACCCAGACCUCCUACACCCUGUGGGUCCGCGAGAACAACAGCCCCGCCCUGCACAUCGGCAGCGUCAGCGCCACAGACACAGACGCCGGCGCCAACGCCCAGGUCACCUACUCGCUGCUGCCGCCCCCCGACCCGAUCGUGCCCCUCGCCUCCCUCGUGUCCAUCAACCCCGACAACGGCCACCUCUUCGCCCUCACGUCCCUGGACUACGAAGCCCUGCGGGCCUUCGAGUUCCGCGUGGGCGCCACCGACCGCGGCUCGCCGGCGCUCAGCAGCCAGGCGCUGGUGCGCGUGCUCGUGGCGGACGCCAACGACAACGCGCCCUUCGUGCUCUACCCGCUGCAGAACGCCUCGGCGCCCUGCACCGAGCUGGUGCCCAGGGCGGCCGAGCCGGGCUACCUGGUGACCAAGGUGGUGGCGGUGGACGGCGACGCGGGCCAGAACGCCUGGCUGUCGUACCAGCUGCUCAAGGCCACGGAGCCCGGGCUGUUCGGCGUGUGGGCGCACAACGGCGAGGUGCGCACGGCGCGGCUGCUGAGCGAGCGCGACGCGCCCAAGCAGCGGCUGGUGGUGCUGGUCAAGGACAACGGCGAGCCGCCGCUGUCGGCCAGCGUCACGCUGCACGUGCUGCUGGUGGACGGCUUCUCGCAGCCCUACCUGCCGCCCCCGGAAGCGGAAGCGGCGGCCGCGGCGCCGGCCGACCCGCUCACCGUCUACCUGGUGGUGGCCUUGGCGUCGGUGUCGUCGCUCUUCCUCUUCUCGGUGCUGGUGUUCGUGGCGGUGCGGCUGUGCAGGAGGGGCGGGGCGGGCUCGGCGGGGCGCUGCCCGGUGCCCGAGGGCCACUUCCCGGGCCACCUGGUGGACGUCAGCGGCACGGGGACCCUGUCGCAGAGCUACCACUACGAGGUGUGUCUGAUGGGAGGUACUGGGUCCGGCGAAUUCAAAUUUCUCAAACCUAUUGUCCCCAGCCUCUUGAGUGAAGGAGCUGAUAUGGACACCGCGGAAAACGCUAACUUUAGAAAUCGUUUGGGGUUCAGUUAGGAAUCUCACUUGACAAGAGAUGAUCAAUGAUCAUAUUCACUAUUAAUUUCCAACCCUUUCAUUAACAUGAAGAGCUUACAUAUUCACACAUUCAUUAAGUAUUGUCCUAUUUAUAGUUUGAUGUGUUUUACAUUCCGAAUCUCUAGGUGGUUUUUAUUGUUGCUCUUUUGUCGAUUUUGAUAAGCCCUUAACAUUUUGCAUGGGAGAUCAAACAUUUAGCAGAGAAAUGGUGUUUCUCAAGUUUUGGAGGUCAGAUUUUUCUAAGUCAGAAGUGUUUUCAGGUUCCUGAUAGUUGAGCUUGUUCGUUGAGAACUUGUUAUAACUAAGAGAAUUGUUUUAUGAUUAUUAUUGCAUGUCUGACUAUUGUAAAUGAUGGCUUUUUAAACAUUUUUCACUUAUGCAAAAAAUUUUGUGACCUUGUAAACUGCUAGAGUUCUGUAGUGUUGUUUCAAAAACACUAUUGUCUUUCCUCAAAUGAACUAAUAUUUUAUCUGAAUGCUUUCCGAGUACUUUCUUUCAAAAUUGGUAUCGUUUAAUUAGACCACCUACUAUAAUUUUUAAAGGAUUUAAUCCCAGUUAAGUAGAAAAA